AUGUCCUCCUCCAUCCACUCAUCUUCCUCCAUCCACAACUUCUCCUCCAUCCACACGUCCUCCUCCAUCCACAACUUCUCCAUCCACACAUCAUCCUCCAUCCACAACUUCUCCUCCAUCCACAUGUCCUCCUCCAUCCACACGUCCUCUUCCAUCCACAACUUCCCCUCCAUCCACACAUCCUCCUCCAUCUACACAUCCUCCUCCAGCCACCCAUCCUCCUCCAUCCACAACUUCUCCUCCAUCCACACAUCCUCCUCCAUCCACACGUCCUCCUCCAUCCACACGUCCUCUUCCAUCUACACAUCCUCCUCCAUCCACAACUUCUCCUCCAUCCACACGUCCUCCUCCAUCUACACAUCCUCCUCCAGCCACCCAUCCUCCUCCAUCCACAACUUCUCCUCCAUCCACAUAUCCUCCUCCAUCCACACAUCCUUCUCCAUCCACAAUUUCUCCUCCAUCCACACGUCCUCCUCCAUCCACAUGUCCUCCAUCCACACAUCCUCCUUCUAUACAUCCUCCUCCAUCUACACGUCCUCCUCCAUCCACAACUUCUUCUCCAUCCACAACUUCUCCUCCAUCCACACGUCCUCUUCCAUCUACAUGUCCUCCUCCAUCCACAACUUCUCCUCCAUCCACACGUCCUCCUCCAUCCACACGUCCUCUUCCAUCUACACAUCCUCCUCCAUCCACAACUUCUCCUCCAUCCACACGUCCUCCUCCAUCUACACAUCCUCCUCCAGCCACCCAUCCUCCUCCAUCCACAACUUCUCCUCCAUCCACAUGUCCUCCUCAAUCUACAUGUCCUCCUCCAUCUACACAUCCUCCUCCAGCCACACAUCCUCCUCCAUCCACAACUUCUCCUCCAUCCACACAUCCUCCUCCAUCCACUACUUCUCCUCCAUCCACACGUCCUCCUCGAUCUACAUUUCCUCCUCCAUCCACAACUUCUCCUCCAUCUACAUGCCCUCCUCCAUCCACAACUUCUUCUCCAUCCACAACUUCUCCUCCAUCCACACGUCCUCUUCCAUCUGCACAUCCUCCUCCAUCCACAUGUCAUCCUCCAUCCACACGUCCUCCUCCAUCUACACAUCCUCCUCCAUCCACACAUCCUCCUCCAUCCACAACUUCUCCUCCAUCCACAUGUCCUCCUCGAUCUACAUGUCCUCCUCCAUCCACAACUUCUCCUCCAUCCACACGUCCUCCUCCAUCUACACAUCCUCCUCCAGCCACCCAUCCUCCUCCAUCCACAACUUCUCCUCCAUCCACAUGUCCUCCUCAAUCUACAUGUCCUCCUCCAUCUACACAUCCUCCUCCAUCCACAACUUCUCCUCCAUCCACACAUCCUCCUCCAUCCACAACUUCUCCUCCAUCCACAUGUCCUCCUCGAUCUACAUGUCCUCCUUCAUCCACAACUUCUCCUCCAUCCACACGUCCUCCUCCAUCCACACAUCCUUCUCCAUCCACAACUUCUCCUCCAUCCACACGUCCUCCUCCAUCUAUACAUCCUCCUCCAUCCACAACUUCUCCUCCAUCCACACGUACUCCUCCAUCUACACAUCCUCCUCCAGCCACCCAUCCUCCUCCAUCCACAACUUCUCCUCCAUCCACACUUCCUCCUCAAUCUACAUGUCCUCCUCCAUCCACAACUUCUCCUCCAUCCACACAUCCUCCUCCAUCCACACAUCCUUCUCCAUCCACAAUUUCUCCUCCAUCCACACGUCCUCCUCCAUCCACACAUCCUCCUUCUAUACGUCCUCCUCCAUCCACACGUCCUCUUCCAUCUACAUGUCCUCCUCCAUCCACAACUUCUCCUCCAUCCACACGUCCUCCUCCAUCCACACGUCCUCCUCCAUCCACACGUCCUCUUCCAUCUACACAUCCUCCUCCAUCCACAACUUCUCCUCCAUCCACACGUCCUCCUCCAUCUACACAUCCUCCUCCACCACACAUCCUCCUCCAUCCACAACUUCUCCUCCAUCCACACAUCCUCCUCCAUCCACAACUUCUCCUCCAUCCACACGUCCUCCUCGAUCUACAUUUCCUCCUCCAUCCACAACUUCUCCUCCAUCUACAUGCCCUCCUCCAUCCACAACUUCUUCUCCAUCCACAACUUCUCCUCCAUCCACACGUCCUCUUCCAUCUGCACGUCCUCCUCCAUCCACGUCAUCCUCCAUCCACACGUCCUCCUCCAUCUACACAUCCUCCUCCAUCCACACAUCCUCCUCCAUCCACAACUUCUCCUCCAUCCACAUGUCCUCCUCAAUCUACAUGUCCUCCUCCAUCCACAACUUCUCCUCCAUCCACACGUCCUCCUCAAUCUACAUGUCCUCCUCCAUCCACAACUUCUCCUCCAUCCACAACUUCUCCUCCAUCCACACAUCCUCCUCCAUCCACACAUCCUUCUCCAUCCACAAUUUCUCCUCCAUCCACACGUCCUCCUCCAUCCACACAUCCUCCUUCUAUACGUCCUCCUCCAUCUACACGUCCUCUUCCAUCUACAUGUCCUCCUCCAUCCACAACUUCUCCUCCAUCCACACGUCCUCUUCCAUCUACACAUCCUCCUCCAUCCACAACUUCUCCUCCAUCCACACGUCCUCCUCCAUCUACACAUCCUCCUCCAGCCACCCAUCCUCCUCCAUCCACAACUUCUCCAUCCACAUGUCCUCCUCAAUCUACAUGUCCUCCUCCAUCCACAACUUCUCCUCCAUUCACAUGCCCUCCUCCAUCUACACAUCCUCCUCCAGCCACACAUCCUCCUCCAUCCACAACUUCUCCUCCAUCCACACAUCCUCCUCCAUCCACAACUUCUCCUCCAUCCACACGUCCUCCUCGAUCUACAUUUCCUCCUCCAUCCACAACUUCUCCUCCAUCUACAUGCCCUCCUCCAUCCACAACUUCUUCUCCAUCCACAACUUCUCCUCCAUCCACACGUCCUCUUCCAUCUGCACGUCCUCCUCCAUCCACAUGUCAUCCUCCAUCCACACGUCCUCCUCCAUCUACACAUCCUCCUCCAUCCACACAUCCUCCUCCAUCCACAACUUCUCCUCCAUCCACAUGUCCUCCUCAAUCUACAUGUCCUCCUCCAUCCACAACUUCUCCUCCAUCCACAUGUCCUCCUCCAUCCACACAUCCUUCUCCAUCCACAACUUCUCCUCCAUCCACAUGUCCUCCAUCCACACAUCCUCCUUCUAUACAUCCUCCUCCAUCUACAUAUCCUCCUCCAUCCACAACUUCUUCUCCAUCCACAACUUCUCCUCCAUCCACACGUCCUCUUCCAUCUGCACGUCCUCCUCCAUCCACAUGUCAUCCUCCAUCCACAUGUCCUCCUCCAUCUACACAUCCUCCUCCAUCCACACAUCCUCCUCCAUCCACAACUUCUCCUCCAUCCACAUGUCCUCCUCAAUCUACAUGUCCUCCUCCAUCCACAACUUCUCCUCCAUCUACACAUCCUCCUCCAUCCACAACUUCUCCUCCAUGUACACAUCCUCCUCCAUCCACAACUUCUCUUCCAUCCACAUGUCCUCCUUCAUCCACAUGUUCUCCUUCCACACAUUUUCUCUCCACAAGUCCUGCUGCACCCCUGAGUCAUCCUCCAUCCACACGUCCUUGAUCUCCGACAUGAACAGUUUGAUGAUUAGUUAUACGAAGAAAGAGAAUAAGGAGAGGCCGGAGAGGGAACGUCUGCCUCUCGCUGCUGGAACCUGUGAGGGAUUUGACUCGUCUGGACAGCAUAAGGGAUUCGACUCAUCUGGACAGCAUGAGGGAUUCAACUCAUCCGGACAGCAUAAGGGAUUUGAUUCAUUCGGACAGCGUAAGGGCUUCGACUCGUCUGGACAGCAUAAAGGAUUCGAUUUGUCUGGACAGUGUGAGGGAUUCGAUUCGUCCGGACAGCUGUGA